AUGGCAGCAGCACACAUACAAGAGAGGCAUGUGACAUUCACGUAUGCGAAUGGUAAAGUGGUGGGUGCGACAGUGAAAGACGCAACUUUCGGUGAUGCCCAUGUGGUCUUCGAUCGUUUGAAACACAGGAAUCCAGGCAUGGCCUGCGACUGCUCGUUUGGAACAGAAAAAGGAAUCCCAUGUAGGCAUGCUUAUGUCGCGACCAAAAAAAAUGGGCAAUAUCUCUAUAAUUUGACAAAUAGAAAGUACACAACGCAGGCAUGGAAAGACGUGUACUGUACGGAAGAGGCAGACGGAACCCUUGUCGUCGAAUCUCUACGUAUUCCGAACAUGCAUGAUGUCUGUGAUAUGGCUAUGGGCAUGUUGUCAGGCGGCGCCAUCCCGCCGGCGCCUAUCCAUGAAAACACACUCUUGGCUCUGAUGUUUGAAUUACUACCAUAUGAUAAUUCUGAUAAAUCAGAGUUUUCUGAGGAGAGGCUUCACAGUUAUUUGAGCGGACUCAAUGACGAGAUAAUCGAGGAGGAACGCAAAAAGGAGCCCCCUGAACUCGGGUCAGCGUAUGACAUCCUGCUGCAGCUUCAGCAGUCUGUGGGCCAGAUGGCUGGACAAUUGGACGAGAUUUCUCGCAAAGUAAAGUGGUCUUUGGAGUUCUUUUGCGCGUUAUUCGGCGUCGAGCAUCGAGCGGAAAGGUUACAAUUCUUUAAUUUCCUUGUGCACCUGCAUGAGAAUUUUCGUGAAAAAUUCCCCUUGUGGUGGGUGAAAAGAACAUAUGAGGGGGCAUGGAGCAAAUACAGGGCGGAGCUUGACACACUUCUUCGAGAAAUUGUGCAGGACCUCAACACUGCAAGUGGCUGCAAAAUUGUGACUACAACUGACUUAGAGAGACUGCUGACCAUUCCAACCGGCACCGCCGGUAAAAAUUACGCCAUGCCGACAACCUUCCAUUUCGCACUCUAUGAGGUGCCUUGGAAUCGCAAAAUUGCAGUACCAAUAGAACCGAGGGACUUGCAUGGGAUGCAGCAUGAUAUAACAUCCUAUUUGUGUAGGCAGAUAGACAUCCGGGAGAAGGUUAUGGAUGAGCAGAUUUUCAAGUUGGCCGAUGAGUCCAACCCUAAGCAGCAAAAACACGGGGCAGAGUUGGGUGGCGCUGGAACGUCGGGUGGCGCUGGAACGUCGGGGGGCGAUAACCCAGGUAGCAAGCCAGGUGACAAGCCAGUUAAGAAAUCAAAGGAGUCUGCUUUUCCGUGUGGCAAAUUGUCCAAAGAGCAACAUGACGCGGGCAUUAAGGAGAUAAACCAGGUAGUCAACGCGGGAGCAGGAAUUACGCCAUGCCGACAACCUUCCAUUUCGCACUCUAUGAGGUGCCUUGGAAUCGCAAAAUCGCAGCAGAUAGACAUCCGGGAGAAGGUUAUGGAUGAGCAGAUUUUCAAGUUGGCCGAUGAGUCCAACCCUAAGCAGCAAAAGCACGGGGCAGAGUUGGGUGGCGCUGGAACGUCGGGUGGCGCUGGAACGUCGGGGGGCGAUAACCCAGGUAGCAAGCCAGGUGACAAGCCAGUUAAGAAACCAAAGGAGUCUGCUUUUCCGUGUGGCAAAUUGUCCAAAGAGCAACAUGACGCGGGCAUUAAGGAGAUAAACCAGGUAGUCAACGCGGGAGCAGGUACCAAAGAGCACAGGUGUUUCAAGUUCAGCUCGCAUUCUGGUUGCCCAGACAAGAAGUCCUGUCAAUUCCAGCAUGAAUUCAUCAAGCCCGAGGAAUAUGCAAAGCUCGGCCCAUUCGGAAGGUGUAUAUUUAUACGCUUCGGUGGGCAUUAUGACGAGGAGCCCAUUGAGCCAAAGAAUGUGCAGGGUAAUCUGCAGGCAACACUGAAUAUGGCAGGGUCGCCUCCGAAGGCUGGGAAGGAGCCGGAACCAGGGUCGCCUCCGAAGGCUGGGAAGGAACCGGAACCAACGGAUCUGGAUGCGGCAGGGGACCACCUACUUGAAGCCCCAUUGCUCCAACUAAACACGCAGGCAGCCGAGCCACCGGCACCCGAUAAGGACGCCAGCGUGGUGGUUGGCGUGCGCGCUGACGACGCGCAUACAAAGCGUGUUAGGGAGUUGGGGUGUUGGCCGGCCGCCACGCCCGACUCGCUGCGGGGGAGCAGAGAGGUUCCCCCCAACGUUCCCCCAGCCGGGACGUUUCAGCUGACUUGCAGAGGCGGUAGCGUGACGUUUGUCUCAGUCUCAAUGCGGAUAGGCGCAGUGUGCGCGCCCGACAAGUUUGACUUUAGGCAGCGCCUGCGCGAGCUCGGGUUUGUCGAGGACGUCAAGCGGUUUGUCGUGAUCCUCCCAGACCAUAAGCGAGCGCGUUUGAUUGCCUGGCUGGCAGAGGUACGCGAGCAUCGCAGUGCUCCGCGUGAAGAGUUCAACCGCCUCGUCCACACGUUGGUGUCGGUGGCGUUUGUCAUUCCGCGUGGCAAGUAG